UCGCGCUCUAGCACUCAUCUACGGAGCACCGUUAUCUGGGCCAAGCUGUCAUCUAGGUCCCAUCUUCGCCAGCCAAUAACCGUGUUUUCCCGACCGAACACGGCGGGCCUCGGUGAUACUCUCAGCGGCCCAAACGCACAACAUACUUCCUCUGUUUUUCAAAGGGGAGAAACAGUUUUCAUCGAGACAUUUUCUCUGCAAUUAACAAGAAGGCGCAAGAUGAAGUUGGACAGGGGUUGGGUGUGGUGUGUGCUGCUCCUGUCCUCCCUGGCAAGGGCAGCUGCAAAGGCCCAGGAAAAGCAGUUGGAGGUUGAUCUUUCAGACAUGGAUGAAGAUAUGGGGUUGGAUGAGGAGGAAUUAAAUGUUCUGAUGGCAGGAGAGGAGGAGGAGGAGGAGGCGACAGUGAUGGAUGAAGAUCACUCUGAUGAGACAGAGGGCACUGCUAGUGGCAAUGCUGGAGUGGAUGCAAAUGUCUCUUUCCAGGUAACAUACAAGACUCCUGUUCCCACUGGAGAUGUCUACUUUGCAGAGACGUUUGAUGAUGGAUCACUGGACAGUUGGCAGUUGUCAAAGACGGUGAAGGGGGAUGCAGAUGAUGACAUCGCCAAAUAUGAUGGGAAGUGGGCUGUAGAGCAGCUGAAGGAGAACAAAGUUCCAGGAGACCAGGGUCUGGUGCUCAAGUCCCGGGCCAAACACCACGCGAUCUCCGCAAUGCUGAACAAACCCUUUGUCUUCGAGGAUGAACCUCUGGUUGUACAGUACGAGGUGAAUUUCCAGGAUGGUAUCGACUGCGGUGGAGCAUACAUCAAACUGCUUUCAGACAUUGGCAAUCUCAAUCUGGAGCAAUUCCAUGACCGUACACCAUACAGCCUCAUGUUUGGACCAGACAAGUGUGGCGAGGACUACAAGCUGCACUUCAUCUUCUGCCACCACAAUCCUCUGAACAAAGACACGGAGGAGAAGCAUGCCAAGAGGGCUGACGUCGACCUCAAGAAGUUCUACACCGACAAGAAGACUCACCUCUACACUUUGGUCCUGAGCCCAGACAACAGUUACGAGAUGUUCAUCGACCAGUCUAGCGUGAGCCGCGGCAGCCUGCUGCAUGACGUUGUGCCUCCAGUCAACCCACCGAAAGAGAUAGAUGACCCAACUGACUCCAAGCCGGAGGACUGGGACGAGAGGGCCAAGAUGCCUGACCCCGAGGCUGUCAAGCCCGACGACUGGGAUGAAGAUGCUCCAGCAAAGAUUGAGGACCCCGACGCUUUGAAGCCAGAGGGCUGGCUGGAAGACGAUCCAGAGUUUGUCUCAGACCCUAACGCUAAUAAACCAGAGGACUGGGACGAGGAGAUGGAUGGAGAGUGGGAAGCCCCACAGAUUCCUAACCCGGCCUGUGAGACGGCCCCGGGCUGUGGGGAGUGGAAGCAUCCCAAGAUCAACAACCCUCAGUACAAGGGCAAGUGGAAAGCUCCUCUGGUGGACAAUCCCAAUUUUCAGGGAGUUUGGAAGCAGCGUAAGAUCGAUAACCCGGACUAUUUUGAGGACCUGCAGCCGUUCAGGAUGACACCUAUCAAGGCUGUGGGCUUGGAGUUGUGGUCCAUGACCUCAGAUAUCUACUUUGACAACUUCAUCAUCACCUCUCACAAGGAAGUGGCCGACCGCUGGGCCUCUGACAGCUGGGGGCUGAAGAAACUGGUGGCCAGUGCUAACGAGCCCGGGAUCUUUGCUCAGCUGAUGAUUGCAGCAGAGGAACGGCCGUGGCUCUGGGUGAUCUACAUACUGACAGUUGGCCUUCCUAUAGGACUGGCUGUGCUCUUCUGCUGGCCGAAGAAAGCAGACGACGACUACGUGUACAAGAAGGUGGAUCCACCCCGGGCUGAUGUAGAAGAAGAAGAAGAAGAAGAGGAGGAGGAGGAGGAGGAGGAGGAGGAGGAUGAUGAAGAAGAAGAAGAAGAAGAAGAAGAAGAAGAAGAGGAGGAUGCAGCAGCAGAUGAAGACAAAGCAGCCGAGGCAACAGAAGGUGCACCAGCUGCAGCAACAGAAGAGGAGGAAGAGGAGGACGAGGAAGAGGAGGACGAGGAGGAUGAAGCCGAUGCGGGAGGUGACAAUCUAGUCGGGGAUGAUGAUGAGGAAGAGGAGGAAAGCAAAGCUCCUGAGAGAACAUUAGAAGAGGAGGUUGGUGUCAUUCCGAAGGGAGGAGACGUCACCGAAGAGAGCCACAAACAAGCUGUGAGGAAGAGGAGGGUACGGAAAGACUGAAGAUGUGAACCAUCACGCCUACUGUCUCUUUUCUCUCCCUGAUGCGGAAGGGCCGUCUGUGCUGCUGCUCCACCCCUCUCUGGGCGGAGCAGCAUGCAUUUCCUCUAAACCACCUGGUCACCCCGGCUGCCCCCAUCACAGGGGCCGCAAUCAUCCAAACCACAUCCUGCAUCCUCCCCCAUCUCGUCUCGACUCCCCCUCCUGCCUGCUCAUUGAACUAUCAGAUGAAUUCCCCUGGAGAUUCUGUGCAUUUUAGAUGUUUUCCCUGCUCCAUCCUGAGCUGCCACUCUUUCUUCAUCCUUCUUCUCUUCUCUAAGCCAUUGCUGGCAAAAUGCCUGUCAGCCUAAAAAAAAAAUCCCCCACCUCUCUGACCACUGCGUCUUCUCUCUGAACAUAUCCCAUCAUAGAUCUACCGGUCUGUCUCCUCUGACAGUGAAGGCGGCAGAGAGCGUCUGCGCUGCUGUCCGCUCCAGUUGUUCCUUCCAUUCAACAGCAUAUCACCGGGGCUGCAUCUCACAAGUUAGACUUUAUUCUCAUGUCCUUUUGUUUUAAAGAACGUUUGAGGACAAAAUUCCUUCCUUGUUUGAAAUUGUUCUGGUUAAAUGAGCUGGGAGGAGAGGACGCCAGGCGGUUUGAGAUGUUACUGCAGUGUCAAGACAUUUCAGCUGAUCUGUCGCCUCAGUUUAGGUUUAAACGUUUACCUCUUUUAAAAAUGGAUGUUCUGUUUAGAGUUUAGCUAGUUUGUAAGGAGCAUCAUUUACUUUAAUGUGUAUUUUAACUAAGUUAAAAGGAUUGAGGAUUAGCACAGAUGAUCCUAUUUAUUGAUUUUGUUCAAGAUUUGUUUUAUGCUGGUAUGAAUAAAGUUUUAAAAAUGCAGUGUUGUGAGCGACUUGAGGCAGUUUUCUUAAAUAUGAUAUGCCACUGGUGUGCUUAUUCUGAAUCUAGGCCUGUUUGAAAUGCUUUACCUGAUCAAAACACUGAAUGCCUUGGCCAUCAGUUGUCAAUGAGACUGUUUCUGCAGCUAACAGCUGGAUAUUAAACCUGUGAAAGCAUUUCUCAUUCAGUCAAUACACAGCAGUGCUUUCUCAGAAUAUCUAGACUAGCUGGAGUUCAGAUGUCAGAUUAUUGCCUGGAGAAAACAUUGAUGCUAAUUUAUUUGUUUUAUAUUAUUGUCUCAAGCUUUUGUAGUUCAUGUUCUUGCCAGAUACUGGCAGAUAUCCCUGUUUACAUCUGUUUGCAAAUUGUACAUUGCUCUUGAAAAUAAAACUAUUUAAUACAAAAGAAGA